AUGGCUGCUGCCACUGCAACUGAAUCAGUUGAACCUGGUGAUAAAGUUACCUUGAGAGUAAUGGUGGACAAACAAAAGAACGAAGUUGUGUAUGCUGAGGCUGGGAAGGAUUUUGUUGAAGCUCUCUUGAGCUUCUUAACCAUGCCUUUAGGUACUAUUGCAAGACUUGUGGCUAAGGACUCAAAUAUGAAACCGGUUAAAUUUGGCAGCAUUAGCUCACUGUAUCAAAGUGUAUCAGAUCUUGAUGAACAAUAUCUAUGUUCUCAUAUUUGCAAGGAAAUGCUACUCAAUCCAAUGAAUUCAAUGGGAGUUUAUUACGAGAAGGUCAAACUGAACAUUGACGACACUCCCACCAGGGUUUUCUUGUGUGAGGAUUGGAUAUGUGUGAGAUGUAUGAGAUGUAUGAGAUGUAUGAGCAUUUUUAGCAAUCCGAAAUGCCCUUGUGGAAAGCUUUUGGAGAUAUCAGAUGGAAGUUUGAUAGCUGUUGAAAAUGGCUUUGUAAUGAAAGGUGCUACUUUUAUAAUAGAUGACAAUCUUUGUCUGAUGCCUAAUGAUCUUGGAACAAGUCUAUGUUUGCUUCAGAAGCGAGGAAUCAACGGCACUGCAGAUAUUGAGAAAAAAACAAUACUAGUUGGAAAGAAGGAGGUAGCAGAUCUUCUCAAGUUGUCCUUACUCUCCAAGACCCCUCUGACCGACUUUGUCUUAAAGAAUAGUCAAAUCCUUUGUAAUUCAAACCCAAAUUCCGAGAUUAAACUUGGAAAGUGCUUACCAUCUGAUUCUGAUGAAGGUAAGCAGAUGGUUGUGAAAGUACUGCGAAGAAAAUCAAAUAGAAAGAUUUUGUUUGCUACAGCAGAGGAAGAUUUUGCAGACUUUCUGUUUAGUUUUCUUACUUUUCCUCUUGGAGGAGUGUUGCAUAUGCUAGAAGGAUCAUCUUCUUUAAGUUGCAUUGAUGUUUUAUAUAGGAGCAUUAAAGAGUUGAGUCCAGAAAGAUGUUUGACAUCAAAAUUACUCAAAGACCUCCUAGCUAAGCCUCCAAUUUUUCCAAAAUAUGAUGAACUUAGGAGCCAGAUAUUACCAAUUGGAACAAUUAAGCUCAUUUACGAAUCUGAUAGUGACGGGAUGGAUUCUAUCGAAAAAAAAUCCCCUAAUUCUGGAGGAUAUGCCACAAGUCCAUUAACGAUUAUGGUGACAGAUGACUUGGUUGUGACUCCAAUGUCAUCUGUUGACGGUGUUUCUUAUUUAGAAAGAAUGAAUGUCCCCUUUAAUGAUGUGGAGGAAUUGGUCAUUAGAAUCGGUUUGAAGGAGGGUCUCAGCAUUCUAAAAGCUUCUUUGACCUCAACAUCUGCUUUGACAAACGCUCUUAACCACUACAUAGAUAUAUACACAAUUGCAUAUGUACAUGGAAGGAAAUUGAUUUGUUGGGCUAAUUUGACAUCUGAUAAUGCUUUGACAGAUAGAUUAUACAACCUGAAGAAGCCAAAGGAAGAAUAUGAAGUUUGA